CCUACACGCUUGCCUUUUCAACAGUCAUCAGCCUUUCUUUCUUGUCCUCUGCAACUGUCAAUCUCUCUCUCUCUCUCUCUCUGUAACUCUAAAACCCUAGUCUUCUCUUUCUCUCUCUAUCUCCACUUCAUCACUCACUCACACGUUCACUUUCUCUCUCUACUUCAUAUUCUCUCUCUCUCUCUCUCUCUCUCUCUCCUCGCUGCAACCUACAAAACCCUCACUUUCGCCAUGAUACUCGCUUGAUUCUUCCACUUUCUUAUAAAAACAAAAAUUACGAAAGGAAAAGAUCUUUAACAUCGCCGAUUUGUCACUUUCGGAAAUUUGAUUGGAUAAUCCGUUGUUAUUUGAUUAGUUUUUCAUCUUUUAUUGUUUUAAUUGUUUUUCUGUAAUUUUGUUGAGUUUGGUGAGAGUAGUGGGGGGUUUUGGUGAGAUCGGAGGGGGAGGAAUGGUCGUGGUGGCGGAGAAUGACGCUGGGGAUGACGGGAGGGACCUCACUGGUGGGCCCAAGUCGCCGUGGAAGACUCCGGUGGAUGCCAAGGCCGCCGCAGCCGCUGCAGACGCCCCGGUGAUGGGAGCCGACUCUUGGCCUGCGCUCGCAGACGCCCAGCGCCCGAAGAGCAAUCCGGAUGCAUCGAAAUCGCCUCCUUUAGCGGCGUCUGCGCCGCCGCCUCCCAAUGCCAAUGCGCCGCCCCCGGCGGCCGUGCAGGGAUCAGUUGGGCAGCAAAAGACAUAUGGGUCUGGAAAUUUUAAUCACUCACAUAAGCAUCCAUCGUCACGACAUCAAAGAUCAGGGUCUAAGCGCAAUCCAAAUGGUCCUGGUCCUUUUCCUGUACAUUUGCCUUAUCAUCACCCGCCAUCAAUGCCACAUGGUUUUCCUGCAAUGGUACCGGCACCACCACCUCCUGUGGUAAUUCCUGGGUAUGCAUACCCGCCAUUUCAUGCAACGGUGCCGAAUGUUGAUCCUCAUUUGGCGAAAUCUGGAUCUGAGACACCGAUGCAAAAUUUUGUGCCACCAAGUCAGCCUCCAAGGGGGGACCCACAUGUUUAUGGUAACUUUGCUACUAGAAGACCUAAUGCGCAGGAACCUGGGAACCAUUGGAAUUAUAAUUGGCAUCAUCAACAAGGAUUUAGUCCAAGGGACAACUUUCCCAUGCAACCGAGUGUUGGACCAAGGCCUUUAUUUAGACCUCCGUUUUAUGGUCCAACUCCAGGGUUUAUGGUUGCAUCAAGCCUUCCUGGACCUGGAUCUAUAUGCUAUGUACCAGUUGCACCACCAGGUGCAAUUAGGGGACCUCCUCAGUAUUUUGUUUCAUAUCCUUUAAGCCCAGGUCCUCCAGCAGUACCCCCAGAGACACUAAAUUUAAGGGCUCACAUAAUAAAACAAAUUGAGUACUAUUUCAGUGAUGAAAAUUUGCAGAAUGACCAUUACCUGAUCUCGCUGAUGGAUGACCAAGGAUGGGUUCCGAUAUCUACUAUUGCGGACUUCAAAAGGGUAAAGAAAAUGAGUACAGAUAUUCCUUUUAUCCUUGAUGCGCUGUAUGCUUCAAAUACUGUAGAAGUGCUGGGUGACAAGAUACGGAGGCGUGAUGAGUGGGCAAGGUGGAUUCCAGCUUCUGCAGAUUCUACGUUGACAUCAAAGCCCGUGACUCUCCAAGGACAACUAUCGCAGAAGCCAGCAUUUACGGGUAGUGAUGGCAAUGAUGAUAAUAAAAAGGAUACUUCCAAAGAAAAUGUUGAUUUGUCAAGAAAUGAUGAGAAAUCGGAGCACUUGUCAUUAAACAACAUAGAACAGGAGAGUCAUAAUGUUCUCACAAAUGAUGUUUCUCCAGCAGUUACGGGUGAAGAUGGCUAUUCAAUUGGGAAAUUAAAUUCUGAAUCAAACAAGUACUCGGAUCAUGCCACCAGUUAUUCAACUGGAAUUAGUUACUCACAGGUAACUGGAGGCAGAAAAAUCUCCUCGGAUCUUACUGCUAAGAAUCUUGAUGAUCUAUCAAAUGAUUUUGGAAACACAUUUAUGCUCGAUGAAGAACUGGAGUUUGAGCAUAGAAGGAUGAAGAAGGAUGAUCUGUCAUCAGUUAGAAGAAUGGACGAUGAAGAUGAUGAAAUCAUAGUCAACGAUCAGGAUGUCCAAAGACUUGUAAUUGUCACCCAGAAUAGUGUGAUCGGUGAAGUAUCUUCAACUGGAGUUACAGAAUCAAAACCCAUUUCCAAGGAGCAGGCUUCUACUAUAAGUGACGGUCUUUACUUCUAUGAGCAGGAACUAAAAACUAAGCGAUACAGUCGUAAAAAGAACAACUCUAGCUAUGAAAAUAAAGAAGGGAACUCAAGAUCUUUAAGCAGUGGUGUAGGAUUAUCAAAUUUAAGGCCUGGAGAAAAUUUUGCUGGAACCAGUGCUCUUGAUGAGUUUGGAAGUUCCAAUGCUCGAAAGAAGCAGAGUAAAACCUUUCAAAAGCAACAAUCAUCCCAUAAACAGCGUUUUUUUUCCAGCAACUUUAGGAACCAUGGAAGUGGUCGGAGCUCUCUAAGCAUCAUAUCAGAAAGCCCGCCAAGUAAAUCAGUUGGAUAUUUCUUUGGGUCUACGCCUCCUGAAAAUCAUGGCCCAAGGCCUUCAAAGUUGAGUGUUUCUCCACAUGGGUUUCUCUCGGGCAGUAGUCCACCGGUGGGUUCCAUGCCAAAGUCAUUUCCACCAUUUCAGCAUCCAAGUCACCAACUCCUUGAGGAAAGUGGUUUUAAACAGCAAAAGUACCUGAAGUACCAUAAGCGAUGCCUAAGUGACCGGAAGAAGUUGGGAAUUGGUUGCAGUGAGGAAAUGAAUACUCUAUAUAGAUUUUGGUGUUAUUUCCUUAGAGACAAUUUCGUACCUUCCAUGUAUAAUGAGUUUCAGAAAUUUGCUAGAGAAGAUGCUGCUGCUAACUAUAAUUAUGGAAUGGAGUGCCUUUUCAGGUUCUAUAGUUAUGGUUUGGAAAAGGAAUUUAAGGAGGGCCUAUAUAAGGACUUUGAACAGCUGGCACUUGAGUUUUAUCGUAAAGGCAAUCUUUAUGGCCUCGAAAAAUAUUGGGCAUUCCAUCAUUAUCGUGAACAACGUGGCCAAAAAGAGCCUCUACAGAAGCACCCAGAAUUAGAUAGGUUGCUUAGGGAAGAAUACUGUUGCUUGGAUGACUUCCGUGCGAAAGAGAGAAAUUCUGCCUCGAGAGAGGAUACCCAUUAGCCAUGCCUACUGUGGUGCCAUUAAAAUGGAAUCAAUUUUGAAGGACAGUUCUGCCAGCUUGAUAAGGAUUUGGAAGUUCACAGCCUAUUUUUUGAUUUGGAGGCAAAGCGAAAGAUGGUUUUUGUAAUCAUAAUAUAUUGAUGGGAAUUAUUUACCACCUCUUUGAGAGCUGCCGACUGCUGAGUUUUUUCUUGAAGGUUUUCCUUGCUCCCAGGUAUGCCUUUUGUUCGAGUUAUCUCCGAGCUUGGAGAGGUGCAGAUGAUUUUACUCACUGUGAUCCUUCUUCGGAUUAGAACUUGUAAAUAGCAAAUGAAAAAAAAAAAACAAAAAAAGGAAAAUUACCUCCCCCAAAAAAAGAAAAGAAAAAACGAAACUUGUAGUUUAGACAUUGUGAAAAUGAAAUAAGAGAUUAAGAAUCUAAUUUGUUUUUGUUAAUUCAGCAGUCA